AUGUCUGACCGAUCCAAAGCUCCAGCUGGAGCUGGUAGUGAAGAUGCCUUCUUGACGGAGCCUGCUUCACGACCAUCCACUGCAAUGGAGCCAUCAUAUCGAAUGGAGCCAGCCAGGAAGUUUCGAACUUUGAAUAUUGAGCAAACCACUGAGAAUAUCUUAGAGAAACACCUAUCUCAAGAAAAUUAUGAUCCUAAGCAGUGUCGUCUUCUGUCUCGGGAUAUCGCAGGCAUUAUCAUGGAGGAACUGAAGAGAAUGAUGUAUCCUCGAUAUAAGUUCGUCGUCGUCGUCAACAUCGGGAGUAAGAAAGAGAAACCCGGAGUGCAGCUUGGUAGUCGAUGUCUUUGGAAUGACAGUACCGAUUCAAUGACCACUGUACAUUACAGUAACGGAUCAUUGUUCGCAGUAGUUAUGGUUUAUGGACUGUAUCAGGAAUAA